CGGAAGAACGCUGUCGCUCCUCCUAUGACGCGAAAACAACUACGACGUUAAGGAUCGGGAGACGGGAAGGACUGAAGGACGCAGUCUCUGGCCGUGUAUUUUGGCAAGUGGACGGAUUGACAGGAAUGGAAACUGAAAAUGGAAAUCAAGAAAAGGCACUGGAAGAGGAAAGCACUGAAAAGAAAAAAGAAGUAGAAAAAAAGAAAAGGUCUCGGGUAAAACAGGUGCUUGCAGAUAUUGCAAAGCAGGUGGACUUCUGGUUUGGAGAUGCAAAUCUUCACAAGGAUAGAUUUCUUCGAGAGCAGAUAGAAAAAUCUAGAGAUGGAUAUGUUGAUAUAUCACUUCUCGUGUCAUUCAACAAAAUGAAAAAAUUGACCACUGAUGGAAAGUUAAUAGCCAGAGCACUGAAAAAUUCAGCUGUUGUAGAGGUAAGAAUUGUUACACAACUUACUAUGUCACAUAAUAUUGUAUUAGUGUUUAUACUAACUAUAACCUUAUGUACUGUUUUAAAGCUGGAUUUAGAAGGCACCAGAAUCAGGAGGAAAAAGCCUCUGGGUGAGAGACCAAAGGAUGAGGAUGAGCGGACUGUGUAUGUGGAAUUGCUUCCCAAAAAUGUUAAUCACAGCUGGAUUGAAAGAGUAUUUGGGAAAUGUGGCAAUGUUGUUUAUAUAAGUAUACCACAUUAUAAGUCUACUGGAGAUCCAAAGGGAUUUGCCUUUGUGGAAUUUGAAACAAAAGAACAAGCAGCAAAAGCUAUUGAGUUUCUUAAUAACCCACCAGAGGAAGCACCAAGGAAACCUGGUAUAUUUCCCAAGACAGUGAAAAACAAGCCCAUUCCUGCCCUUAGAGUAGCUGAAGAAAAGAAAAAGAAAAAGAAGAAGAAAGGCCGAAUGAAGAAAGAAGACAGUAUCCAGACCAAAGAGUCAAAUAUGGACACAAGCAAGGAAAAUGUCUGUAAAAAAAGAUCGAGGACCACAUCUGAGGGCUCUGAAGUAGAGGUUACUGAACCCCAAAAGCCUCCCACAAAGAAGAAGAAAAAACGAGAAAGAACUGAAGUAUCCAGCUUACCUUUAGGCAAAACAGGGAAGAGAAAGAGAAGUAGCUCUGAAGAUGCAGAUUACUUAACUCCCAAAUCAAAACUUAAAAAAGUGGCUCAGAAAGACAACAUUAAAAAAGAAGCUUCAGAAGUUUGUAAAGAAAACAAAGAAUUAGAAGUCUCUACUGAAGAGGAAAAAGACACUGGAGAUAUAAAAGAUGGAUCCCUCUUGAAAGCAAAAAGAAAGCAUAAGAAAAAGCAUAAAGAGAGGCAUAAAAUGGGAGAAGAGGUUAUACCAUUACGAGUACUAUCAAAGACGGAAUGGCUGGAUUUGAAAAAAGAGUAUUUAGCACUGCAGAAAGCUAGCAUGGCUUCUUUAAAAAAAACAAUAUCCCAAAUAAAAUCAGAGUCAGAAAUGGAAACAAACCUUGGAGUACCUACUAAGUCCGAAAUGAAAAGUGAAAAAACAGACAGUGAAGAGGGUGGUCCCCAGGAGAAGGUUAAUGCAGCAGGACCACAGUUUGUGAGUGGUGUGAUUGUGAAGAUCAUUAGCACUGAGCCUUUACCUGGCAGGAAACAAGUCAGGGAUACUUUGGCAGCAAUCUCAGAAGUUGUUUAUGUUGAUUUGCUGGAAGGAGAUACAGAAUGCCAUGCUAGAUUUAAAACUCCUGAGGAUGCUCAAGCAGUAAUAAAUGCAUAUACGGAAAUUAAAAAGAAACACUGCUGGAAACUAGAGAUUCUUUCUGGUGACCAUGAACAGAGGUAUUGGCAGAAGAUUUUGGUAGAUAGGCAGGCCAAACUUAAUCAGCCUCGUGAAAAGAAAAGAGGCACUGAGAAGUUAAUCACUAAAGCCGAAAAGAUCAGACUCGAAAAGACUCAACAAGCAAGUAAACACAUUAGAUUUUCUGAAUAUGAUUGAAAAAAACAUUUUGGUUCACCUCUUAAGAAAGAUUUCACUGGAUGCUAGAGCUAUUCUUAGGGAAUUCUUUUUUUUUUUUUUUUUUUUUAUGGUAGUAAUGUGUAAUGAAUGUUUUUCUAAAACCUACAUUUAAUUAAAAGAAAUAGUUUUGUUCCUUGACUUGUAAAGAAGACUUU